UGAAGUUAGACCUCUCCAGCCAGAAAGAAGUCAACAAGGACAGAGAAAGGGAGAUAACAGAGACACUUGGCAGACGCUCGCUAUUUUGCUGCCAGAGCUGAUAGUACCGGCCAAUUAAGCCAUCGCUUGGACGGAGGCGAAGGGGGACAGAACAGCAAAGUUCAGGAACAUCUUCAGCCAUUAAUAUGCCGGACUACUGAGGCACAACCAUUGGUGGCAGAUGAAGAUUUGGGAAGAAUGGCUGUUCCCAAUGAGUUCUAUGAGCAGAUCAGUGAGGAGCACCUGAAGAACUUCUCCUUCAUUGGCCAAGGAUCUUUUGGGGACAUUUUCCGAGCUCGGCACCAGAAGUGGGGAACCGAUGUUGCAGUCAAGUUUCUGAACCGGAAUUCUUCCUUCACUCGAGAGGAACUUUUGAAUGAAGCUCGAGCCAUGGACAAAGCCCGCUUCAACUACAUCCUACGACUCUACGGCCUCUUUGUAGGCAAAAUGCAGACAGAUGCUGCCUUGAUGUCAGCCACGGUGCCCAGCUUGGGCUUGGUGAUGGAAUACAUGGAGAAUGGCAACUUGUCCAACUUAAUCUGUCAGGUCCCCUCCAUGCCUUGGGCCCUGCGUUUCCGCAUCCUGUACGAGGUAGCCCUGGCUAUGAAUUUCUUGCAUAAUCUCACUCCUCCAUUGUUACAUCUAGAUCUCAAGCCUAGCAACAUCUUACUUGAUGGAGAACUGCAUGUCCGGGUAUCGGAUUUUGGCUUAUCCAAGUUCAAGAGAGGAACGACCCAGCAAUGUAACCUCAGUUCUGGGGAAGAGGACACCUGUGGUGGGACCCUGGAGUUCAUGCCUCCUGAAUCCUUUGUCGAUUUCAACUACAAGCCAGCCCCCAGCACAGAUGUCUACAGUUAUGGAAUCCUGAUGUGGUCAGUGUUGAGCAAUCAAGAACCUUACCACAAUCUCCACCAUGCCAACAUGAGUUCCAUGAUCAAAAUGCACAUCCCCCGAGGUCAAAGGCCACGGACGGAAGAUUUGGAGAAGCAGGUUGAUCAAGUGCUGAAGCUGGGAAACAUGAUUGACCUCAUGAGAAGGUGUUGGUCUAAUGAGAAGGGCCAGAGGCCGAGCUUCCAGGAUUGCAGAGAAGAAAUGGAAGUUGUGUAUUGCUGUUACAAGUGGAAGAUUAGGAACGCUGUCAGUGAAGUCCAAGAUAUUUUGAUGCAGAAAGCGAAUUCUUCUAGAACAGAAGCCAAGGUCCCUUCCGGCUUGAGUUCCAAGGGAGCCAGUCUUGCCCCGUUGAGGUCUGAGGACUACCGAGCAUUCUCUUCUACCUAUGGCUUGGAAGAUCAUUUUAAAACUUUCCAGCUGGAAGAAACGUCAUCAGUGCAAAAUGAAGCUCUACCACCAAAAGUCAUUUUAAGGAACAAGUUUUCUGGGACCCUUCACCGAAGUAAAAGCAUGUGUAACAGGAAUAAAGCCGAAAGGACAGAGCAGGAAAAUCCUCAUGCAUCGGAAGUCCAAACUCCACAACAGCGCACGCUCAGAGGUAAUAAGCAACGGCCCCGUUCAGAUACAUUUGCUUCUCCAUUAUAUCCAAAUUAUCCUGCAUACCUUCAUUAUCCGCCGCCUUUUUUUGGCUCCCACCAAGGCGAUAUUGGAUUUCCCCAGCAGAACCAGUCAUUCCUCUGGCGUUCUACACCUACAGUUCCCUCUGGCGGAGUUCAAAUCUCUGGCACCGGCAUCACAGGAGUUCAGAUUGGAGGUGGCAACCACAUGCAUGUUGAACAAGCUCCUCGGACAAGACAAAGCAGUAACCAAUAAAUGCUGAUAGAAAAUGGAAAAUUUCAUCCCCUGUGCGUGGGAGCAUUCCAGCCAACUUCACUUGCCUUCUCAAUUGCCCCUGACUUUUCUGCACAAUCCCUCUAACUCAACCUAAUCCAGGUAUUUCCUAGAAAGUUAGAAUCACAGAAGAGAAAGGAUGGAAGCGACUCAGGAAAUCUUCUAUUCCAGCGAUCUCCAAAUUUGGCAAGUUUAAAACUGGUAGACUUUAACUGCCAGAAUUCCCCUGCUAGCAUGGCUGGCUGGGGAAUUCUGGGAAUCAUCUAGUCCAAUCCUCUGCCCCAGCAGGAGACCCUACACCAUUUCUGACAAAUGGCAGUCCAAUCUCUUCUUGAAAGCCUCCAGUGAUGAAGCUCCCACAACUUCCGAAGUCAACUUCUGUUCCAUUGGUUGAUUGUUCUCACUGUCAGAAAAUCUGUCCUUAUUUUUAGACUGAAUCUCUCCUUGGUCAGUUUCCAUCCAUUAUUCCUUGUCUGGCCUUCAGGUGUUUUUGAAAAAUAGCUUGACCCCCGCUCCUUUCUGUGGCAGCCCCCCAAAUAUUGGAACAUUGCUAUCAUGUCUGCCUUGGUCCUUCUCUUCACUAGACUAGCCAUGCCCAGUUCCUGCAACUGUUCAUCAUAUGUUUUAGCCUCCAAUCCAGGAGUGAAAUUCAGCAGGUUCUGACAGGUUCUGAAGAACCAGUAGCGGAAAUUUUGAGUAGUUUGGAGAACCGGCAAAUACUACCUCUGGCUGGUGGGGUGGAAAUGAAGAUUUUGUAAUAUCCUUUCCCUGCCACGCCCAUCAAGCCACACCCACCAAGCCACACCCACAGAACCGGUAGUAAAAAAAAAAAUUGGAUUUCACCACUGCUUCAGUUCCCUAAUCAUCCUGGUUGCUCUUUUCUGCACUUUUUCUAGUUGAAGUCCACCAGUCUUAAACUUGCCAAAUUUGGAGACUCUUGAUCUAAUUCAACUGCCUGUCCGCUCUACUGCUUCAGCAUCCUGCAUGGAUGGCCAUCCAGCCUCUCUUAAAACAUCUCCAAUGAAGGAGAGCCCACUACCUCCCCAGGCUGUCUGUUUUUGUUCUUGGACAGCUUUUACUGUUAAGAAACAUCUCCUGACGUGACGUCCAACAAAAUUCACUUUAUUGUAAUUUUAACCUGUUGUUUUUGACCUCGCCCUUGGAACCACACUGAAUAAUCAUCUCCCAUUUUGUAUAGGAUUUAGAUACUUGAGUGGAGCUACUAUGUCUUUUAACACUCUCCCUGAUCUUCCUACAAAUGUUAGUUGUCAGCUCUGAUGGGAAGCUGGAUUAAGUCAUGCACUUGAUCGAGAGGUGGGAUUCAACCAUUUCUGUCCGGUUCAGGUGAACCGGUAGUGGCGACUAUGGGAAGCUCCGCCCACUUGUCGAUGUAAUGCAUGAGCAAAGAGCAUGCGCGGAAUGGCAUGAGCAUGUGCAGAGAAGGUGUGCGACUGAAGCAAGCCCGCGUGCUCCCAUUUGCAAACCGGUAGAGAAGGUAAGGGAAUCCCACCUCUGACUUGAUCCCUACUUUCCCUGAUGUCUGAAUACAUAGAAUUCAGAUAUGAUGCUUUCCCCGUCUUUCUGUCAGUCAUUGGAAUUGACUGGCCUGAGAGAAAUGUUUUUUUUUUCCCUUGCAACAACAAUUGAAUGGAGCCAUUCUAACAAUCUCUAUCAAUGGCUUCAAAACAAAACAGGUGAAAGCUUAAAUGAGAAAUAAUAAUAAAUUUAGGGAAAGAAAGAAGCACCAUCCAAAGAUUCAAUGAUAAAAGCACUGAAGCACUUGAAGAGUUUAUGGCAACAUUUUCCCCCCGAAUAAAUCUCUAACAUGGGGGUGGUCAACCUUUUUAUACCUACCACCCACUUUUGUAUCUCUGUUAGUAGUAAAUUUUUCUAACCACCCACCGGUUCCCCAGUAAUGAGCCGUGUAUCGUCGUCUGCACAUGCCUCUCGCGCAUCAUGGAUUGGGUUUGGGGGGGGUGCCAGCUACCAGCUCUGCUUGUCUGUUACAGCUGGGUGGUGUGGGGGGAGAUGCGCGAGCUAUUCUGGGACGAGGCUCUUUUGUUUGCGGUCGCACUAUAGCACCAUUUAGUUUCACUUAUGCAACGUGAACUAAACUUAUGCGCGGGCGAUAAAAAUAGUAUAUUUUCAGGAAUUUAAAUUGUCACGGGGAAUUUUACGAAAACCUAAUGAAAAUGUUUUUAAAUAGUGCUAUGAAUUUUUUUUAAAAGUCAAUUAAAUUAAAAAAAGGGAAAGUGCUUCAGUAUCGGACAAAACUCCUACCGCCCACCAUGAAAAUUGUAACGCCCACUAGUGGGCGGUAGGGACCAGGUUGACUACCACUGCUCUAACAUAUUCAAUGGCCACAGUCCUCGCUAUUUUGCAGAAAAUCAUUGUGUUCAAGAAACGGAUCCUCAUUCUGGGUAUAUACGAAGCAUGAGGGAUCCUUAGUGCUCUCUUAGCUUGGCUGUUUUCUUUUUUUUUAUUAAAAAAAUUUUACAAAAAAAAAUUACCACUUAAUUCCCCCCUCCCCCCAUCCUCCUCCCUCUCCCUUUCCCCCUCCCCCACACCCUCCCCUCCAUCCCCCCGGGCCUUCCCAGAGCAGAUUACAGGUUAUUGCAUCUAUCAAUCAUAAGCUAAAUUACACCAAUAAACCAUAAUCCAUAAUCUCUCCUUGCCCUUUAAAACCUUAACUCCCCUUUCCCUUAUAAACAAGUACAUUAAUACGAUACAAUUCUUACAAUCACUCUUAAACUAUUUAACACUUCAAUCUAAAAUUUGGCUUAAAUAUAGUUGAUCCAAUUUUUCAUUCCUGUGUAUAUCUUCCUUGUAAAUUCUUUGAGUACAUUAAAGUUUCUGUUUUCUUUCUUAAAUCCAUUAAAAUCCAAUCUUCAAAUCCAUUAAAUCCAUUAAAAUUAGUCCAAUCUUCAAAUAUAAGCAGUGCUACAUCUUCCAAUAUAUCAGUAACAAAAGUCCAACUACCAAUAUUGGAUUUAAAAUCAAUUUAGUCCUUAUUAUUCUUCAAAAUAAUGUCUUAUAUGAUCCACCAAAUUUAUAAUUCUGUCACACUUAUUAACAAAUAAUAUCAUUUUUCAAUCCUUAAUACUCCAUCUCUUCUUCUAUUUUUCUCAUUAUCUUAUUUAAUCAAGUUUUAUCCUAAAUAAUUUUUAUAAAUUCAAACAAUACCAUUUAACUUUAAUCCAGAUUCUUCCCCAUACUUCCAUCACUUUAUGUCAGACCUUAAAAUUAUUAAUUCAAUUAUGUAAAUGGUAAAUUAUUACCAUUUACAUUUAAUCCUAAUUAUUUCCCCUAUUUCCAUCACUAUAAAUUACCAGGUAUUUUAUAACCAUUUUUCAUACAUUCCCUAAUAAAAUAUUUCUUUCUAUUUUUAUCAAGACUCUCCCAAAUCAAAUAAUACAAUUAUUAACAAUUCAACCAUAUAUAAACUAAUAACCUCACAUUACAAGUUCAAACAAAUGCAUAUAAAUUUUUAACAAUUAUCCAAUAACUAUCCUUACAAAAACCAUAUGUAACUUAACCUUCUUCUUAUAUUAUAUUCAAUUUCAAUUAUAAUUUAUCAUUUUUCAUAAGAAAAAACUCUUUUGACAUAACACCAUUUUUUAUUUCCUCUUUGUACCUUUUUAGUAAUUACCUAUUCCAUUUGUUCCUCUAUUUCUCCUAUUUUUCCUACUAUAUCUUCUUCAGCAAUUGCAGACCCCUCUUUACCUUGUAUUUGUUCUAUUUCCUUCUCCCACUCUUUUGCCUUCUUAUUUCCUAUUCUCAUUUUAGCUUUUAACAAUAAAGGAUUUCCAGCCAUUAGUGUAAAAGUCUCUUGCUUUGAGAACUGUAGUAAGACAAAACUUUCUUCCCUUAUAAUUCACUGUUAAUCCAGCUGGAACAUCCCAUCUAUACUGUAUCUGGUGUUUCCUAAGUUCUUCCACCAAAAAGGCAAACUCCUUUCUAUUUCUUAACAUUUUAGAAGGAAUUUCUUUCAUCACUAAUACAUCUUGUCCUAAUAUUUGAAUUAUAUUGUUAUAAAAUGCUUGUAAAAUUCCAUUCCUAAUCUUUUUGUUCGUGAAAUAAAUCACAACAUCUCUUGGUAGCUGCCUUUGUCUAGCAAUCCAUGAGUUAACUCGAUAAAUUUUUUCAAUAUGAACUUCAAAAUCUACUGGAUCCUCUCCGUUUAGGCCUGUAAAAGCCUGUACAAAAAUCUCUUUUAAGUUCUCUUGCUUAUUUUCCUUCAAUCCUCUAACUCUCAAGGCAUACUCCAUCAAUUUAUAUUGCAAUAUAACAAUUUCUUCAUCUGCCCUAUCCAUUUUACUCUGAACUUCCUCUAUUUUAUUUUCCAGAUUCAAAUUAAGUUGAUUAUUCUGGGUUUCCUCUAUUUUCAUUUCUGAAUUCAAAUUAGCUUGAGUAAUUUCUUCUAUUCUUUCUUUCAACUGAAUCGUAUUUUCUCCAAUACAUUGCAAUGCUGCCAGCACACUUUCACUCAUAUUAUUCCAAGUUUCCACCUUAUUUUUAAAUUCCAAGAUUGCGUUUUCAGUUCUCUCUAUUUUAUUUUCUAGAUUCAAGUUAAUUUGAUAAUUUUGAACCUUAUCUAUUUUCUUUUCCAAAUUCAAAUUGACUUGAUCAGUUUCUUCCAUUCUUUCCUCCAAACAGAUCAUAUUUUUGGAAAAACAUUGAGCUACUACCCCCCACUCUUUCAGUCAUAUCUUUAUUCUGAACUUUCAAUAUAUUUUUGAGUUCCAAUAUUUCUUUUUCAAUUUUACUAAAUUUUUGAUCUAUUAAACCCUUUAGAUAUUUUUUCAUUUCUUCUUUUAAUUUAUAUAUUUGAACUGGCAAAACUUCAACAUCCUUAAAAGCACUUAACUUAGUUUGUUUAAAAGCCAUUUUUGUUAAACUUUAAGUUCUUCAAAAGGAGGAAAAAAUCUUCAAAUCUUCUCUUAAUCACUGUAAUUAUAUUAGUCAAUUCAUUUAAAAUCAUUCCUUUGGCUUAGCCUCUUCAUGUAACUCUGCCACUGACAGCUUUAACGAGCACUUCCUUAACUUUCGUUUUCACGCCUUGUUACACUGGAGACGCCAUUUCCUUCCUUCUUAGAUCAUUCCAACCAAAAAAGAAAAAGAAAAAAGAAAAAAAUAUAUAGUAAAAUAACGGGGAGUUAAAAAUUGAUACUUGCAACUGCCAGUACUCCUGAUUUUGCUCUGUCUGCUUAUUAAUCCAUUCCAGGUUAAAAAUUGGUAGCAGAUGUGGACGCGGCAUUUUGCUCUGUCUUCUGUAGAGGCGUCCUGGAUCCGGAGCUUUCCCGAGCUUGGGAGGGAGCUCUCGCCCUCAAGCCUCCAGUAUCAUUCCUGGGGCUUUCCGGGGGGCUCUACCUCAGCUCAGUUGCUCACCUCUCCCUCUUUGCCUGGGGGAGAGGUUUCUGAGCUGCCAGACAGCUGAUUUGCGCAGUCUGAGUGGCUCUACAGAUCGCGGGGCUGGCGGUCUAAAAAAGACCGCCAUCAACGACGUGGCGCCAUAGGAAGUCCUGAGCUUGGUUGUUUUCUUGUGGAUAUUUCAUUACCAAACUAUGUAACAUAAUCAGUCGAAAGCAAACUGGAUUUCUGUGUGUGUAUUACUCAGGUAGGCUUUCAGAAGAAUCAACCUCCAAGUUGGAUGUUUUCACAGAAUCUUCAUCCAGUCAAAAGUUAUAUGGAUAUUACAUAUUCAACAUGGCGGGCCCAUCCUCAUGAUAUCUUAUCAAAGCACCUGAUUAAACUUUUGCCAUCGAUGUUAAGUGAACCACUGCAGUUGCUAAGUGAAUCAUGACAUUGUUUCUGCUGGUUAAUAAAAUUGUUUGAAUUUGAA